AUGUACGAUAGAUUUAUGUUUUUUCUUUUAUUCAGACCUAUUAUCAGUUGCUCUGACUCGGAUAACAGUGACAAUAAAUAUGAUGGUAAACAAAAUGAACAAAAAAACCAAAUAAAACAAAGAAACAAGGAUACAUAUUAUUCGCAAUCUUUAUGUUUGCUUAAAAAGGAAAAACAAAUAGGCGAAUUUCGGCUUUCAUUUUUAAGCUCAUUGGAAGAAAACACAUACGGAAUACCUUUGGAUGCCAAAGCAGAAUAUUAUGUAACUAAUUUUAAGAAAAGUAUGCAACAGUUAGCUAUUUUCUUGUUCCAGUAUUUUAAUUUGAAUGUUUUUAAAAAAAAGUUGACCAAUUGUGAAAUAACAUGGAGUGGACGACUUACAAGCGCAGCAGGUAUAACAAAACAAAGGAUAAUAAGAACUACAGUCGACAACGAGACAGUAUUUAAGCGGGUUGCCGCUAUUCAGUUAUCAAAAGUGUUUAUCACAAAACCUCACAUACUACGGGAUGUCAUGGCACAUGAAAUGUGUCAUGUUGCUACUUGGUUAAUUGAUAAUGUAAGAACAUCACACGGAACUGCUUGGAAAGCUUGGACAGAUGUGUUCCACAAAACUUUCCCAGAGAUUCCUAAGAUAAAUGUACGCCAUCAUUACGCAAGAAAUUGGAAGUAUAUUUAUGAAUGUGGUUGUGGCCGCGAGCUGGGGAAGAUGACCAAACUACCCUCAAAUCAGAUCAAAGUCUGUAAAUAUUGUGGGAGAGAAGUAGUAUUGAAAUCUGUCAAUGGACGGCCCCCAAAGGAAACAAACGAAUUCCAGAAAUUUGUUCUUUCCGAAUACCAAGCUGUUGCAAAAUCUAAUCCGGAUAAGCCGAAACAUGAAAUAAUGAAGAUUUUGGGUGCUACGUGGCAACAGAAAAAGGGAGAAAAAAACGACAGUUAAAUUGUGAAUUUUUUUAUGGCCAUAUAUAUUAUAUAGAGAUUGUG